UAGCGUGAUAUCUAAUAAGCUUCGGGAUUGUUGGUCGCUUUACUUGUUCAGCGGUUUCGGUUAGAAGUUUGCUUUGUUACCAUGCGACCUGCACCGUGGACCAAACCUCUGCUCGCAUGCUUCUGCUUCUGCUUUGCUCCUGUAAACCCAACUCGCUAAGCCAUCGGAAGAAUGCCUUGUCGUCCCGCAUUCACCAAGCGGGCUGGCUUGCGCGGCGACGCGGUUGAUGAGCUCUUUCGCAACGAGAUUAAGACAUACAGAAAGACGGUCGGCAAUACACGGGAGGAGCGGAAGCUUAAUGAGGACCGCGCCUGGCAGGACAUGCUCCUGCGUGAUGAGCUUAGACAACCCGCACCUGAAUGCGAGGCGCUCAUGUCUCAGGCGCACUCCCUGGAGGACGCGGGGCGGCUGGCGGAGGCUGCCGCCAUCUACCAUCGCAUCCUCACGCGUCCCGACCAGGCCGCCAACCACCACCUGCGCAGCCACCUGGCAGGACUCCUCGCUCUCAUCAAUAGGCGGGAGGCAGCUGCCAAGGCCCAAGCCCGCACCUCCGAGCUGCAGCAGCAGGCCACCGCAGCACAGCAGCAGCGACUGCAGCAGGCGCAGCAGCAGGCCCGCCGCCGGCAAGCUGGGGAGCAGGCGGGCCCGCAAGCCGGCAACCAGCACCCCCACCCCCAGCAGCAGCAGGGACAGCAGCCUGUACGGCAGGCGCGGGGGGGCCAGCCCGGCCGACCUCACACUGCACCUGCGUACGGGGGUGGCGGUGCUGCAGGCGGUGGCGGAGGUGGAGGUGGUGGGGUUGCAGCGCUGGUGGGAGGGGGUGCUGCGGGGGCGGUGGGGGUGGUGUGUAUGGAGCCGGGGGUGCCCCGAGGUAACAAGCCGGUGGGCCCCAUGGUGCCGCUGUCGGCCGGGGCCUACCGGGCGGAGCUGGCGGCGCAGGCCCAGGCGGACCGGCAGCGGCGGCAGGCGGAACUGCGGGAGGUGCAGCUGGCGGAGCAGCGGCAGCUGGGGGCGGUGGCGGCAAGGGAAGACGUGGCGGAGUUCCAACGGCGGGUGGUUGGCGCUAACGACCAACUGUCGUACCAGAACGAGCUGGAUCUGGAGCGGCGCGCGCGGCAGGAGGACCGUCGGAGGAGGUUUUACCUGGAGUGGGAGGAGCUGCGGGCAGCCAAGGAGGCGGGGCUGGCACCCGGGGGCCCGCUAGGGGGAGCGGAUGAGAUACAGCGGCGCAGGGAGCAGAUCCAGCAAGCCCACGCGCACCGAGCCCUGGCCCGUAACGCCUCCGAGGCGCCCCAGGACCCGCGGGCAGUCUACCACCAAGCCCAUGGUCAUGACCCAUGGGUCAUGGCGGAGGAGCUGGCGGCGCCAGCUGGCGGCGGCGGCCGGCCGGCUGGCGCCGCUGUUGUCGGCGGCUACCAAGCCUUCCAGCAGGCGUACUGCCACCAAGCAGGUGUCGGCGCCGCCGCCGCGGGCUUGCGCCGCCGGCCUGCUUCCGCGGGGUUGGUGGCGGCAGCGCAGCAGCGGCAACGGCAGCAGGAGCAGCAGCGCGAGCGGACCAGCGCGGCGAACGUUGAACGAGUGAUGGCGGUUGGAGUGGGGAAGCCGCCACAGCAGCAGCCGCAUGCCGCUAGACGGGCUGCUGCAUGGGCGGAACCCGAUGGCGGCGGAGGCGGAAGGGGAGGCCGCGGAGGCGAGUUGAAGGCGCCAUUCGGUCGGCCGGACGUCGACCAACCCAAGGUGCCCAUUGACCCACGGGUCGUUCGUGCGAGGCAGCAGGCCUACAUAGAGAAACGCCGGAAGCAGCAGCCUGGCCCCCCUGGAGCCGCCCCGCCGGGUUCCGUGCCCUGGGGUGGAGGCGGGCGGCAACCGCAGCAGCGGCAGUACCAACAAGGGGGGGUUCAGGUGGUGCCGAUGCGUGCGCGGAGGGCUGCGGCGCAUACGCCAGAGCCACCGAGGGUGGCGGAGGGGGCGGAUCUCAGCAAUUGGUGGCCCCCACCGCCCAUGCCGCCGCCCUAGCUGCUGCUGCUGCUGUUACUGUCGCCGCGGUAGCUAGGGCUGCUGCGGGUGCAUGCGGCCGCUGUUGCUUGGUGCUUCAGAACUGUUUAUAGCUGCGAGUAGUUGCGAGAGAGACAUGGGGAAAGAGAGUUGGAGCAGACUUGAGUGCUUGUCGGCAUAGGUAUAUUAUAGGGAGAGCGGGAGCGGUCGAGUGGGAGUGAAUGAGGGGGCUGGUGUUUUUGUUGGGUUCCUGUUUUGGGUUCCUGUUGUUGGGUUCCUGUUUUGGGUGUGAUAUGUGAUAUAUGCUGCGGUGGACGCCUCCCCCUGCAGGGAUGUUUGACGAUCCUCUUCUGGCAUCCAGUUUUGGAUUGCGACGCACUAGCGCGCGAAGCGCAACCAUUCAAAUCACCAACCGCUCGG